GGCAGCAGCGCUCUGUCAGACGAUGACGUCACCCUCCGCUAGACGGACAGCUGAAAGGCAGAGACUUCUUGUUGACGUUUUGUUUUGAUCGCGUUUGUUUGGAUUUUUUUCUUGGACGUCCCCCCCAACAUUCCCAGCGGACCCAGAAGCCUGUGCCGUCACGCCUCGGAGCGGGGAUCCAGCAAAGAUGAAAUGGAUGUUUAAAGAGGACCAUUCCCUCGAGCACCGAUGUGUGGAGUCAGCCAAAAUACGCAACAAAUACCCGGACAGAGUACCGGUGAUCGUGGAGAAGGUCUCCGGCUCCCAGAUCGUCGACAUCGAUAAGAGGAAGUACCUGGUGCCUUCGGACAUCACGGUGGCCCAGUUCAUGUGGAUCAUCAGGAAACGCAUCCAGCUGCCUUCGGAGAAAGCCAUCUUCCUGUUUGUUGACAAAACCGUCCCCCAGUCCAGCCUGACGAUGGGGCAGCUCUACGACAAGGAAAAGGACGAGGACGGCUUUCUGUACGUGGCCUACAGCGGAGAAAACACGUUCGGGUUCGAAGACUUCUGUGCAGCGCAGGGUUAACACUUCAAUUGCAAAAAUCAAACCCGAGCCCCACAUAGACGAACGGCUAGUUUUAGCGGCCCGGCCUGCAGGAGUGAAAACGAUGAUGGAGCGUGAAGAUAGAUGAGAAAUGUCAUCCAUAGGUUCUUCAUGGUGUGUGAUCAUCAAAUAUACGUUAAAAAGGGAUUUUCAAUACUUGUAUGUAGCCGGAAUAAUGUGAUCAAUAAAAACAAUUAAAAAAAA